UCUCUAUUUAUAAGUUAUACUGAAAUGAACAUUGUGGGAAAGCUCAAUUUAAUGAUACCUUGGAGCAUAUUCUUGAUUCAUUCUCUGCUGUUCUUUUUGCAAGGAUCUUAUUGCAAGUUCUCCCUUUUGAAAAGAACUUCAAGAAAUGAGUUUAAUGCAGCUCGACAGAAAAGAGAUCUCUUAGGAGCAGAGAUCCGUGCUGCCUCUCUUCGGUCUCGCCGUCGGGAGGCCGUUCCCGGGAGUCCUCCGCCAGGUUCUUGUCCUCAGGAGUGUCUUAAUGGAGCAGUCUGUACAGAGGCAGGUGAAUGUGAUUGUCAGAUAUUUCAGGCUCGAGGAAACAGGUGCCAAAUUGUACCUAAUAGUGGCAAGGACCGAGAAGGGAUUUGCAAAUCAUGGGGACAGUAUCAUUUUGAAACAUUUGAUGGGAUCUACUACUACUUCCCAGGAAAUUGCUCCUACAUUUUUGCAAAAGACUGCAGUACUCCAGAACCCCAGUACACUGUUUGGGUUCAUAACAGUCCUCACUGUUACGGUUCAGUAUAUUCUUGUCUGAGGUCAAUCAGCUUAUUUUUUUCAAAUCAAGAAGAAAUAAUAAUUUCAAGGCAUGAAGUAAGAAAGGAAGGAAUUAGAUUAGUAUUGCCUCAGACAGUUGGAAAUGUAUUCCUUGAGAGACUGGCUGACUACAUUCUGGUGAAAACUACCUUUGGUUUUUCACUUGCUUGGGAUGGAAACUCUGGUAUUUAUAUUAAGCUAACAGAAGAUCAUAAGGGGAAACCUUGUGGCCUCUGUGGAAAUUUUAAUGGCAAUAAAUUUGAUGACCUGAUACUACAAAAUAUAGGUGAAUAUACAGAAGACAUUGCUGAAUUUGCAAAUAGCUGGACUGUGCAAACCCCAUACGAAACAGCUUGUGUACCUACUGCCUCAGAUUUUUCCAGUCCUUGUUCAGCUGAUGCAGAAUCAACUGAGGAUGUAUUUUUCAAGUGCCAAGUAUUCCUACAGUUUCCUUUUCUCAGCUGCCAUGAAAGCAUAGAUCCAUAUUCUUAUAUUUCUAGCUGUAUGAAUGAUCUUUGCAGAGUGGAUGAUGAUGAAACAUACUGCAGAGCAGUGACAGAGUAUGCUAGAGCAUGCUCUCAUGCUGGGUCUCCUGUGCGUGACUGGAGGGAUGACUUUCCUGGCUGUGCUGAAAAGUGUGAAGAAAGCUUUGUACACCGUGAUUGUAUCAGCUGUUGUCCGCCAACCUGCACCUUUGAAAAGGAUUGUCUUGGCAGCAAUCUGCACUGCUUAGAUGGCUGUUACUGUCCAGAUGGUCUCAUUUUGGAAAAUGGAACUUGUAUCUCUGUGUCGCAUUGUCCUUGUGUUUAUCAUGGAACUGCCUUCCCUGUAGGCUCAAAAAUUGAACAAGAAUGUAGCAAUUGUAUUUGUAUUGGUGGCAUUUGGAACUGCACUGAUCAUGAUUGCCCAGCUGAGUGCUCCAUCACAGGUAACUCUCAUUUCACAACAUUUGAUGGUCGUCAUUUUACCUUUCUUGGGAUUUGCCAGUACGUUUUGGUAAAAGGCACUGGGAAAAACAAAUUCACAAUUACUUUACAGAAAACACCUUGUGGACAGAACUUUGACCAUGCCUGCAUUGAGUCUAUAACGCUAGUUCUUGAAGACGAUGUGAACAAACAAGUAACUCUUGCAAGAGAUGGUCGAGUCCAAAUUGGCCCUAACCAAGGUUUUAACCUCAAUGGGGCUGUUGAAAUUCAGAAUAUAUCUUCUUUGUUUGUCCAACUGAAAACCAGUUUUGGUUUGAAGAUACUUUUUGCUAAAGAUGGAGAGAGGCUCUACAUUCAAGUUGAUGUCAGCUGGAAGAGAAGAACAUUGGGACUCUGUGGAACUUAUAAUGGAAAUUUAAGAGAUGAUUUUCUUUCUCCAGCAGGGAUGAUAGAAGGGACGCCGCAACUUCAUGCCAAUGCAUGGAAGGUUUCCUCAGCUUGUUCUGUGCCCAUCAACAUUCCUGUGGUUGAUCCCUGUAAUGUUAAUCAACAAAAUGUUGGGUACGCAUCUCACUGUGAUAUCAUCAAUCAAGAACUUUUUGCUCCCUGCCAUGCCUACAUCAGUCCAGGGUUAUAUUACCAGCUGUGCCGUUUUGAUGCAUGCAAAUGUGGAAGCAGCUGUUUGUGUAAUGCUCUUGCACACUAUGCUUAUGUCUGUGGCAAGCAUGGAAUUGCUGUUGACUUCAGAUCUCAUAUUUCCUACUGUGCUGUGAUGUGUCAAAAUGGUAUGCUUUAUCAUCAGUGCUCUUCCCUUUGUAAACACUCCUGUGCUUCACUUUCUGCGGCAAAUAGCUGUGGUGAUGACUGUGCUGAAGGAUGUAAUUGUCCUGAUGGGAAAUAUUUUGAAGAGUCGGUCAACUUUUGUUUAUCAAUAUCUGCGUGUCGUUGUCAUUACAAGGGCAAAGCCCUCCAGCCUGGAGAAAUCCUCCUCACGUCAACAGGUUCCUGCCAGUGUUUGAAUGGAACAAUGAAAUGUAUUGAAGCCACUACAGAAAAUACAGUUCACAUAUGCCCUGAAGGAAAAAUCUACUAUGACUGCAGAUCUCCUGUGCCUGGAUUGCCAGCAGCUGGUGCAAACUGUGGAGUCUCCUGUGCAAACCUUGCCAUGAACUUCUCCUGUGUCCCCUCACCACCUUGUGCAAGUGGCUGUAUUUGCCCUCUAGGGAUGGCAGAGCAUAGAGGGAAAUGUUAUAUUCCUGACAGUUGUCCGUGUACCUGGAAAGACCGGGAAUUUCUGUCAGGAGAAGUGAUAGCUACACCUUGUUAUACCUGUCUUUGUCGGAGAGGGGUAUUCAGUUGCACUAGUUAUCCCUGUCCUGCUGUGUGCACUAUUUAUGGAGAUCGACAUUAUUAUACAUUUGAUGGAUUGGAGUAUGAUUAUGUCAGUGACUGCCAAGCUUAUUUGCUAAAGAGUACAGAUAACUCAAAUGUAUCUGUAAUUGCUCAGAACAAGAAGUGCUUUGACAACAAUAUUGUUUGCUCGAAGAGUAUUUUCAUCACUGUCGGAGACACUGAGAUUUAUUUUAGUAAACCUUCCGAGAAGCAGAAGACCUUAAGGGUACAGGAAAACAAAUCUAACUAUCAGCUUUGGAAGGCUGGAUAUUACACUGUGAUACACUUUCCAGAACAGGAUAUUACAAUUCUGUGGGAUAAGAAGACAACAAUACAUGUUAAAGUUGGACCUCGAUGGAAGGGUAACCUGGCAGGUUUGUGUGGAAAUUUUGACAAAUACACUUCAAAUGAUUUGACUACAUCAAACAAUAUGGAGGUGAGAAAUGCACAGGUGUUUGGAGACAGCUGGGUAGUAGGACAGUGCAAGAGCCCAAAUGAAACACUAAGACCAUGUGAGGUGCAUCAGAGCAAGUUCCCUUAUGCCAAAAAGGAAUGCUCAAUUUUGUACAGUGAUGUUUUUGCACCUUGUCGCAAUGUGAUUGAUGUCACUUCUUUUGUCAAAAACUGUCAUACAGAUACAUGUAACUGCAAUCUUGGAGGAGACUGUGAGUGCUUGUGUACCAGUAUUGCAGCUUAUGCUCACAAGUGUUGCCAGCAAGGAGCAGCAGUUCACUGGCGGUCUCCUAUGCUCUGUGCUUAUGACUGUGAAUAUUACAAUCAAGGGCUUGGCAAAGGACCAUAUGUUUUGGCAAGUUAUGGACAGAAUGAUACAAUUAUAGGAGCUAACAUAUCCAGUAGAAGGAUAUUUCCCCUGCCUAGAAUUGGAGCAUAUGGAAAUGUAUUUUUUAGUUUCAUGAUAACUCCAGGACUUUUCAAUGAUAAAGAUCUAUCUCUCUCUCUUGUUUCCCUUGAAUCUGCUGAAAGACCAAACUACUUUCUGUAUGUAUAUGACAAUAAAAGUAUUGGGCUGGAAAAGUGGCAGGCAAGCGCCUCCUUUCGGAGACAGACCUCAUUCUUCCACCACCAAGGCCUCUGGAGUCCAGGGUUCAGUGCCUUUGAAACACACAGUAAAAAGGGCUUUUUCAUCAUUCUCACAUCAUCUAGUGUUAAAGUGGCAAAGUACGAUGGUUCAGAAGAAUUCAAACGUUCAAGUAGCUUUAGUAUUGAAGAACUCAGUGCAUCUGUGCCUUACAGAAGGAUUUGUGAAUGGAGAUAUGAGCCUUGUGCUAAUCCCUGUUUUAAAACAUGUAGUGAUCCUGAAGGAAUAGCAUGUAAAUUUCUUCCUCCGGUUGAAGGAUGCUUACCAUACUGUCCCAAAAAUAUGAUCCUUGAUGAGGUCACACUUAAAUGUGUUUAUCCAGAAGACUGUAUACCUAUAACACCUACAGAAUUAGCAGCUGGAACGAAACUCUCAUCAUUAACCUCUCACACAAUUGCUACCAUGGAGAGAUUUCCUCAGACAUCUCCAGUACUUGUUGCUACUGGGACUGAGCCAGCACAUGCCAAAAUAACCACGAAGACAGAUGUAACUCCAAGAGGAAUUAAUAUGUCAGCACAGUCAAUUACAGACUUUUUUUCAUUGGAAUCAUCUAAUGCAGCCACCUACUCACCAUUCGCGUUACCAAGAAAGCAGAGUUCUUCAGUAAGUACUUCAGCAGAAGAUGGAACAAAAUCAAUCACACCAGCUGGAAGCAUCGCUCAAUCUACUACACCACUGACCAUGAACAUAACUGUGAAUGCUACAUCCUUAAAAACAGGUUAUAUUUUUGCAAAAACACCGCCUUCAGCCACUUUAUUAGUUACUUCUGGCACCACUGUAGCCCCUAGGAUUACCUCAAAACCCACCGAUUCUCCUGUUGCUGACUUGAAAUUUUAUAUGGCUUCAGCUUCAGUUCCUGCUACCACAGAAAUGCCUAUGUAUGCAUCUCAUAAAUUUUUAUUUACAUCUGUACCAUCUCAAGUUUCACAAAGCACUAAAGAAAUUCUAAAAAUGACAAUCAUGAAAACAACUGGUACUGUAAGUCCAUUUUCACAGAUGAAGAGUACCUCUUCUACAGCUUCAGAGUUUAAAUAUGCAACCUCGUUUGAAAAAACUGCAGGUAUUUUGGAAAACAAUCAGACUUCAAAUGUGCAAAGGAAUGUCACCAAGACAAAGUCGACCACUACUGAGAAAUCUUCUGUGCCUUAUUUGACAGCAUUUGCAAUUCAGAGUUCACCUUUUUCAAGUAAAAAUGACACAACUUCAGUAAAAUCUCUCUCUCUUUCUGAAGUCCCAGAUGUUACAACAUCAGACUGGUUUAAAAUCCUAACACAGAGAACUGUUAAACCUUAUUUGAAUUUAACAGAGCCCACAGAGUUGCAGAAUGGAACUGUAACAAACUUAACUCAUUCUAGUGGUGGAAUGGCUCUGCCUUCCUCUUCCGAGCCUGUGCGAACACAAAUUUCUCCGGCAAGCACAGAAGCAAUCACAUUAGCUGACCAGGCUUCCUUUGAUACAGUAAUGCAUACCCUUAUGUCUGCAUCUUCUGAAUGUGUGCCAAGAUACCUUGAACCUGUUGACAAAUGUAGCCAGUAUGUAUGUGUUAAUAUGGGUUGGAUGUUAUACAACCUUUCAAAGAACUGUCCUAGAGAUGUGCAGAAGCCAGACUGUGGUUUUCGAGGAAUGCCAUUUCAAGUUAACACUGAUAGUUGUUGCCCAGAAUGGGAAUGUCCCUGUCAAUGUUCUGUACUGUCUGAACUGAGUGUUAUUACAUUUGAUGGAAACAACAUAGCACUCUGUAAUGUGGCUUCCUACAUUUUAGUCAAGCUGCCAGGAGAAAUUAUUGUUGCUCAUAUUGAAAAAUGUCCAGCUAAUCAAAGUGCAAAUUCCAUAAGAAAACUAGUUCCUCCUGCAAGCACUUCAGGGCUCUGUUUUAAGAAAUUAAAUGUAACAACACCUACAAAUAAAUUACUUAUCAACCGUUUAGCAAGAAAGGUAGUAGUGGAUUCUGUAAUUCAGUCAUUACCAUUUUCGAAACAAGGACUGAAUAUUCAGGAUACUGGUGCAAUGUAUGUCAUCAAUACCCCAGCUGGUAUUAGCAUCAAGUGGGCUCAUGUUACGGGUAUCAUAGAUAUACAGUAUGGAUUGCACUCUAAUGCAUCAAUGAAGACAGAAGGACUUUGCGGGGUGUGCAAUGGAGAUCCUACUGAUGACCUGAAAAUGCAAAACAGGACCAUAAUUACAAAUAUGGAGGAAAUAGAAGUGUUCAUUAAGAGUUGGGAAAUUGAGAAAUCAGUUGAUGUAACGACCAGGAGGCCAGUAAGAGACUGUACUGAAGAUAAUUGCACAUACUGUAUGGAACUGUUAAACAGAAGCAUUUUCAUCCCUUGUCACAAGAAAGUUUCGCCACAGGAGUUUUGUGAGAAGAUGUGGAUCAACAGUACCCAUUUUUGGAAUUAUGAGUGUGAUGCACUUUCUGCAUAUGUGGCUUUGUGCAACAAGCAUAACAUCUGCAUUAAAUGGAGGACACCUGAUUACUGUUCAUUGAGUUGUCCUGAUGGCAAGGAAUACCAGCCUUGUGUGCAACCCUGUGAAGCCAAGACAUGCUUGAAUAAAUGGUUCUAUGAAGAUUCUCCCUGUUCCUAUUUAAGAGAAGACUGUGUGUGUAAAAAUGGGACUAUUCUGCAUAGAACUGACUCUGAUCUCUGUAUACCAGAAGAAAAAUGUACAUGUACAGAUAACAGGGGACAACCUCGCUCUGCUGGGGAGAUUUGGAAUGGGUCCACAAAAGGUUGUUGCAUGUACACCUGUUUAGAAAAUGGAAGUGUUAUUGCUGUAGAACCUGAAUGCAAUGAGGAUCCACCACCAAUUUGUGAAAGAGAAGGGGAAGUUAUUGUCCAUAUCAUUGAAGAGAGAGCUUGCUGUCCAAAGAAAGUUUGUGAAUGUAACAUGUCGUUGUGUGAGGCCAUUAUUCCAACAUGCAAAACCAAUGAAAAAUUGGUUGUAGGCUACCAUGCCCUGUCCUGCUGUCCACAGUACCGAUGUGAAUGUGAUCCUUCAGUUUGUUUCAAUGCUUCUCAGCUGGAGUGCAGAGAAGAUCAGUUUAUUGUUGAAGCAAAACAGGAAGAUCCUUGUUGUUUCUCUUAUCUCUGUGUUUGUGAAUCCUGUAUCGAGCCUGUUCCCUUGUGCAAUGAAGGAGAAAUUCUCACUGUAGACCUUAACACUAUACAUUAUUGUUGUCCUCAAUAUUACUGUGUUUGUGAUGAAAACCUUUGUUCGGAGCCUGCUCUGAACUGCACAGGUGACAUGAAACUUGUGAAGGAAAAAAUACCUGGGCAGUGUUGUCCAGACUGGCGUUGUGAAUGUAGCUGUGAAAAUGCUACUUUGCUGACUUGUAAAUUGGGAGAAGUUCAAAAAAUUGAUAGCAAUAUUUCCAGUGCUUGUGGAUGCACUCACUAUAUCUGUGAAAAGGAUGAUGUGUGCAUCUUCCAAGACGCAACUGUACUGAAUCCUGGACAAUCAGUGAUUCAGUAUUUAGAUGGAGACCUUUGUUACACCAUACAGUGUUUACCAGAAAAAGAUCAGAACACAGGAUACAAUGCCAUGCAUUUUACAAUGGUCAACUGUUCCCAGCAAUGUGAAGCUCAUCAAAUAUAUGUUCCUUCCUCCAGUCACCAUACUUGCUGUGGUACCUGCCAGAAUGUGUCCUGUUCUUUUCACACAGAGAAUGGAACGUUAAUUGUGCAUGAAGAAGGAAGCAUCUGGAGCUUCAAUUGCACAAACUACAAGUGUGCAAAGACUGUUGCAGGGGCUAUGAUACUGGAGUCUAGUGUUGUCUGUCCCCCUUUUAAUGACACGGAGUGUACAAAGAAUGGAGGAACUGUGCAGAUGUAUAAUGAUGGCUGCUGCAAGACCUGUUCUGGAUUGGGUGUAUUACCCUUUGCCAUUAGUCCAGUAGUGUCUACUGAUAGUAUUAAUUGUGAACCAGGCAAAAAGGAAGAAAGGAUUUGCCAGAAAAUGACAAUCAGGACAACUAUAAGAAAAAGUGACUGUAUAAGUCAAAGCCCGAUAAAUGUGGCUUCUUGUGAUGGAAAAUGCCCGUCUGCAACAAUUUUUAAUGUCAAUAUUGAUAGCCAUUUAAGAUUCUGUAAAUGUUGUCGAGAAAAUGGAACACGUAAUCUGACUGUGCCACUAUACUGCUCAGGAAACGGCACUGAAAUCAUGUAUGUCAUUCAAGAGCCUAUAGACUGCUCAUGCCAAUGGAACUGAACACUGCUGUGUAUAAAAUUUCAUCCUAAGAAUUAAAAUGAGUUUCCUUUCACCAGACUGUAUUUUUUGUCCUUGGAUGUAUACAGUACUUUGCAUUAAAAAAAAUCGUGUAUUCAUAAUGUAACCU